AUGGAUUUUAAAAAAUUCUCUAAAAUUUAUGAAGAGUCAGUAACAGAUAGCGAAAAUGAUAAAAGUUCGAUAGGAACAGAUAUGUAUGAAAUAAAUAUGAACAGAAAAAUGAGUAACAUAAGUAUAUCAAGAAAUAGUACAAUAAAUGAAGAAGAGAUAUUAAGUGAAUAUAGAUUAUGUAAAAUUUUAUUAAUAAAAUUAAUGUUUGCAUUAUUAUUUUUAUUAAUUGCAUUGAUUAUACAAGGUUUUUUUAUGAUAUAUAGUGAUUCCUAUUAUAAGAGUAAUACGCAACCAUUAAGUGAUCGAAUACAUGAUUUGUUUGGAAAUCCACCCAAAUGGAUUUCCUAUAAAUUGUCGAAUACAUUAAUAGCUAUAUUAACAUUAUCUUUUCUUAAAAUAAUAUUAUUUAAUAGUAUAUAUUUAUCUAUAGCUAUUAUAUGUCGAUUUUUAUAUAUCGUUGGAUCUUUUUAUAUAAUAAGAGGACUUUUAAUAUAUGUUACUUCAUUACCCGCAACAUUAGAAACGUGCUUACCUUUAGAAAGUGGUAACUUUCUAUUUAAUUUAUUACAAAUAAUAAAAAUAAAUACUAAUUUAGUUUAUGUAUGUGCUGAUUUGAUUGUAUCAGGACAUUCUUUUUCAACAACUAUUUUUUUAAUGUUUUCUUUUUAUUAUAUAAAUAAUGUUAUAAUAAAAUUUAUUAUAUUUACGUUUUCUUGUUUUAUAUAUGCAAUUAUAAUUAUUGGUUUUAUACAUUAUACAUCUGAUGUGUUACUUGGUAUUAUUUUUGGUGUUUUUAUGUUUUCUUUUUAUCAUAUAAUGCUUGAUAUAUCUUCACAAUAUUAUAUUUUUAACAAAUUAUUUGAAAUUAAAAUUAUUUCAAAUAAUAAAAAUAUUCAUGCAAAGCCAUUCUUUCUAAGAUUUUUUGUUGCAAGAAUUUUUUUUAAAAUCAUACCUUAUCUAGAAGGAUUGAAUUAUACCUUAGAUUAUGCCAUAAAUAAAAAUAAUGAUCUGUCUACUUUUUGUAAUUGUGAUCAUGAUAAUAAUAAAAUUCCAUUAUUUUCAUUUUAUAAACCCAUAACAGAGGAUAAAAUUAUUAUUAACUAUUCAGAUCAUUUAUAUCAUAGUUAUGCUGGAGAUGGCACAAUCAAUUUUUUAUUUUGGAAAUUUCUUAAGACGAUCAAAAAGGGUUUACACAAAUAA